AGUGUUUCACGGCCAGGAAAAAAACCACAUUGCUUCUCCUAAAUCCAAAGUUCUACUAUUCGACAGAUCCUCCUCUUCAGAAUAAAUGAAAAGACUUUAACAGGGAGGCUCAGGAGUGUGAUCUCCUCUAGACGGAAACCACUCAACGGUCCCCUGUUUUAAAUAAGGGUACCGGCACCACCCCAAACUGCCAAUCUAGUGGAACUGCUCCCGAUGUCCACGUGAUAUUGCAGAGCCGUGUCAGCCAACACAGCCCCACAACAUCCAGAGCCUUAAGGAACUAUGGGCGAUCUCAUCCUUCCCUAGAGCAUUGCCACCGAGGAGUUUUUUGACCACCUCAGUGACCUCAUCAACAGAGAUUGGAGAGCUCAACCCAAAGUCCCUGGACUCUGCUUCCUCACUGGAAGACGUGCUGGUGGGAUUAAGGAGGUCUUCAAAAUACUCUGCCCGCCGAUCCACAAUGUCCCGAGUUGAGGUCAGAAGCACACCAUCCCCACUAUAAACAGUGUUGGUAGUGCACUGCUUUCCCCUUCUGAGGUUCCAGAUGGUGGAUCAGAAUGUCCUCGAAGCCGGAUGGAAGUUGUGCUCCAUGGUCUCACCGAACUUCUCCCUCGCCCGGGUUUUUGCCUUUGCAACCACCUGAGCUGCAUUCUGCUUGGACUGCUAGUGUUGAGAGAAAUUUUGUUUCCCUAAAAUAUUCUGUUUCUCCUAAUAACGUUGGCAAAUCAAGUACAAAUAUUUACUAAUUUACAGGACUUAUUGUCCAUUCUGAGAGGACUAAACAACCUCAAAUAAAAGAUGGUUAAUCUAAGUGAGAUUACAUCCUUUUACAUAACUUUCAAAAAUGAUAAUCAAACCUGCUGGAAAAGAGUUGCUCGUGGCGGAUUCUAUUCUGUCUGGUUAGGGUGAACAAAUAUGACACAAUUCUCAUGCGACUAUGAUUCUCUCUGAGGUAAAAAGAACACAAAACUGCAAAAUAAAAUAAGAAAACUAACAAAACAACUAUGUUUUUACUAUACUUAUUUGUUGUUUUUAGGAGGACAUAUAGGUUAAAUAAAACGUCAGAAGCAUGUGUAACCCAUGUUAUCCAGACCUGCAAUACCUGAGCUGUUUGCUAGGAGCGCCACAGGACAUAACUGACCCAAUAUGAUGUUCCGGUUCUCUGGUUUUGACUGCUGUGCAUGGCUUAGAGGACUCGGAUUCCCUAAUCAUUUGGAUCGUUUGGAUUUUUCUUUGCAUUCUGUUAAGCAAGAUGCUUCUUACCACUUUGGAUGCUUGAGGUUUAUAUGUGCCCACUCUUUGGAGUGAGACCGGAGAAACCAGAUGAAUCAGCAUAGGAAUUCAGGAUAAACGGUCAGGCUUUUAUAUAGACCCAGAGCUUUCUAUGAGAGUGGCGAGCCUCAACUGAACUGAACCCAAGACUUUGAAUGCUUUCUUACGUGGAAGUUGAAUAAUUCUUUCCUGGACCCCCCCAAAAAAGGAACCAGAUGAACUUUGGAAAAUAAGGAUUUUUUUUGUUGUUUUCUUUGUGUACUUUGUUUUCAUUCAUGAAUGUUUGGUCAGUGUAAAUUGUUGCUUUGUUUAUGCUUUUCUGUUUAAUUAAGAUUCUUUGUUUUGAACCACUGUUGAGCUUUUUUCCACAUCACAAGCUCCAGUGUUAAAUCUUUUGACCUGAGUAAACAGUCGUCCAUUGCUGUACUUUGCCCUACGUACCAACAAAUAUGAGUUACACAUGACAUUAUUAUAUUAAGUCAUUUUCCCGUAAAAGUUGAUCACAAAUGGUUUAAAGAUAGUCUGAAGUUCGACCAUCCGACGUGAGGAACAGAAUAUUUCAGGGGAACAGAAUUUCUCACACCGGUGUUCUGACUAUCUGUGCUUCCUUGUUGAAUCUUCCUACAACAGCGCGUUACGGCAGUUUUGCUCUUGUGUACAGUAACACGCCUAUUAAGCACGUAUUUUUUAAAUAGGUGAUAUUACUGAAAAAUAUAGAAUUGUAGUAUAAUUAUUAGCAUAAACAAACAGUGUUUGUCAUGAUUUACUUGUGAAAAAGACCGUGAUUGUCACGAUUCUGUGAAUGACUGUAAACAAUGGGAGAAAUUUCUUGUUUGCAGUAUCAUAAUGACAACAAUAUUUUACAAGCCAUUUACAAGUUAACUUUCAGGUAAACAUACAACAAGCAGUGAUAUAACAACUUCCAGAGGUAGCGCGUCUCUUCAGCUGAACAUCCUGUGAUGUAAUAGUCAGUCUGCGCGUUUCCCCAAAGUAGCGCAUAUGGACGAGUAGCACGGGCAGUCGGAACACCGGUACCUAUCACCUGCCACCAUUGAAGCCAACUCACCACCAGGUAGGGAUCAGUUGACAGCUCCGCCUUUCUCUUCACUCGAGUGUCUAAGGCAUGCGGCCGCAGAUCAGAUGAGACGACAACAAAGUUGAUCAUUGAGCUGCAGCCCAAGGCAUCCUGGAGCCAAAAGCACACAUGCACACCUUUAUGCUUGAACCUUUUAUUGCACAUGACACUUUUCUCUAACCAUUCCAACAAGGGGUGGGAAUUGAUGAGUGUUUAUCAAUAUCAACGGCAUUGUCGAUUCUGUCCAUCGAUCCAAUUGCUCAGUUCCAAAAUAGUUAACUAGGUGGCAUAAAACUAACUGCACACGGCUCCUGCCAUAUAGUUGUCAGUUUCUUUAUGAUAAAUAAUCAGUUGUACCUGUAUCGGUUGGAAAGAUCUUUCCAAAUGUUCUCCUUUAUGCUCCCUGUGAAGGCAGCCAUCUUGUUCGGUGCCGUGUUGCUGCACCUUUUGCAGAGUGGGAAAAAUCUCACCACAGGUCAGACCUUUGUAGCUGCAGUCUGCUAGUGUCUGGGUGUGUAUAUAAGGCUAAUGUGAUUAACAGUGUUAGUUGGUUAGUUACCUGCAGUAUUAACAGGAGAGGACGUGUGAACAUCACUGCUGUUGCUGCGUUGAUGUUCACUAGUCCGGAGCGGCACAAAACACGUCAUUAGCUCUAAGUUAUUGUGUAUUUUGUGCCCAAAGGCUUUUGUAUAAUCGUAGUGUUUCCUCUCUUGAUGGAAUAUCCACUUUGCAAUUAUUGCAAGUUCCCCUGUUGUCAUGCUCUCUUGUAAAAAAUAACCAAACUUUCAAGUGGCUGUGCCACUUAGACGCCAUGUUUCCUGCUUCCAUAAGCUAUGUAGCAUGCGGUGACGUCAUUUGCGCCGACUGGGAUUGAUAAGGGGCAUCGUUUGCUAAAGUGGUGAACGAUUCCUGGGAAUUGAAACAACCCUAAUUCCAACAUGCUUCACACACUUCUCUUUUCCUCCCUCUCUGUAGCUUUAGAACGUAGACAUUACGUCCUAAAGAACAUCUUUGUAGAUUUUAAGAGAACGUUUUCUAGUACGUCUCAUUGGCUGAAUAAACCUGGUGGGUAUGAAUUGUUUACUGCAGGUGUGUGGAGGACCACGGCCCCCAUUGAGAGGUUUUCUCUGCUCCAACACACCUGCUUGUAAUCAGCAGUUGAUCAUCAGGCUUCUGUGGGUCUUGUUGAGCUUCUGAAAAGGUGAUUCAGCCACAGAAUCAGGUGUGCUGGAGCAGAGGGACAGCUGGAACAUGCUAGAUGGGGACCGUCAAGGACUGGGGUUGAAGACCCCUGGUUCUCCAGGUCUGGUCCCUGAUCUCAGACAGUCUGUUUUACUCUUUGACAGGGGCUGAUAACUCCAUUCACAUGAGGUGGCAAUAGGCAGGUAUUACCUGCUUAGCCGCUGUCUGAUUGGUGGUUCAUGAUGAUUGCUACAGGAGGCCUGCUUAGAAUUAAUGCACGGCGACAGGACUCUCUGAGGUCCAAACCACAUCCACCAAAGAAAAAGAUCAAGAAAAAAAGACUUAGUGAGAUUGUGGUGGUGAAGGGAAAGUUGAAGCUCUAGGUUACUGGCCUCGUGAUGGACUGUUCUCAAUUACUCAGCCACAGGAGGGUGCUGCUAUGGCUUUAAUGUCUUCCAGCAUCCCAACAUCUGCCCCCACUGACAUCAAGAAAGAGGUGAGUGAAGGGGAGGAGCCAGAGGGAGACCAGGGAAACGGCAGACAAGGACAGAAUGAUAACAAGGGGGAAUAUACCUUUUUGAACCAAACAGAAACCAUCAAUGAGACAACCCCGCAGCUUCCCCGCAGCUUCCUGCAGGAGUUCCUGGACAGAUAUCUGUAUUCUGAUAGGCUGAAGGUGCUCGGCCCACUCAUCAUGGGAAUAGGGAUCUUCCUCUUCAUCUGUGCCAACGCCGUCCUGCAUGAGAACCGUGACAGGAAGACAAAGGUCAUCAAUUUGCAGGACAUUUAUUCUACCGUCAUUGACCUCCACAGCAUUCACAAGCCCCACCCAUCAUCCUCUGGCUCCGCCCAUCCACCAUCAGCCAGUCCGCACAAUGGGCUUUUUAACUUUGUCCAACCUAAGCGCUUGAACUCAAAGCCAUGGACUUGUUCCGCCUCCCUCCUUUUAUCAAGGGAAUCUGCCAGCAACAGGCGGGGCAGCGAUGGAAGAGGGGGUGCAGUCUUCAGUAUAUACCAGGAGCAGCCAGAGGCACCUCAUCUUUCAUCCUCCAACAGACACUCACUACCACUGACCUUCAGUCCUUCCUGGUUUUCCAACCAGAAGGAGGUGCUCAGCUCCUUCACUUUACCUCGACCUCGCCAGCGGUCCCUGGACUCCCGCAGGAGACACUCGUUCUGGGCCAGAACCGGCCAGGAAGGGGAGGAGAAGGAGGAGCAAAGGAAGGGUAUCGGACCACCAGUUUUGUGCACCUUCACAGCCCCCCAUCAUAGAGGCUCAAAGGCAAUGCUCCUCCUGUCCUCCUCCUCCCUUUCCUCUCUUUCUUAUCUUCUUUCCUCUUCCACACCAGCCCCCCUUUCCAGAAGGCGGAGCCUCCCAACAACUGCCUUCAAAGUCACCUACAGCAAAUUAACUCAUGAAAGGGGGAAGAGUUUAGAGUGCUCUUCAUCACAUCAAGUGACUUCAGAGGAAGUGACAUCACAGGAGAAAUGCAUCAACAGGCAGAGGCUAAGAAUGAUGUCCCACCAGGGCACAGGGGUGAGGAAUGAGGAGGAGGUUCCAGAUCAUCAUGUGACCCUCUGAGAUGAAGUAGAAAAAACUGUUUUCUAGCUUAAUGCUGUCUCUACCCCCUCCCCUCUCUCUCUCUCCCUCUCCCCUCCCCUUUCUCUCUCUCUCCCUCUCUCACCUGAAAUUGUCUCCUAACAGAGAAACACUCCUGAUCAGAACCGCUGUGGUUGUUCUCAUGAAGGUGUUUCUAUGUUCUCACAGGAACAGUCAGAACCAACAGGACAGUUUUCUGUUAGAAUGUGUGUUCUUCAUUCAGACCCAGCACCUGUCAUUGGACCUGCUUCUACCUGCUACAGAUCAGAUGGUAGGAAAGCGGAACGUGUAGCUUCACAAAGUCUUCCUCUGAAACAGCAACACCAUCAACCAAUCAAAAUAAAGCACAGUCUAAUCCAUC